AAACCUGUUGCCAUUGCCUUUGAUUGCAGUUGCACCCAAACAUUUUACCCAAGUCUGCAGAAAACUUCCGUGCUUUGUGCACUGGAUAAAAGGGAUAUGGCUACAAGGACAGCAGUUUUCACCGUAUUUGCCUACGUUUUAUAUGUCAUGGUGAGUAUUAUAUUUUAUUUUAUUUUUCAGUUGGAGUCAUUGGGAACCAUGAGUGGCAAACCUACAAAGAAAGUGAUAAUUACUAAUUACGGCCAACUCUCUUAA